AGUUACUGUUGCUUUGUCUGACAAGCCAUGGUGCUGUUACAACACAGAGUGAAAAAUACAUCGCGGAGCAAAGAGGACACUGACAACACGUCGACAGACAAGACAGAGCAGGAUAUUUAUGAUAUGUGAUAUAUUUAUGAUAUAUUUAUGAUUUAUGACAAAGUCUCAGCUUUCAAAUUGUUUUUUUUUUUUGUUUUGUUUUUUUUUUAAAUCAAACAAUAAAAACCGUUUUGUGGCUCUUUAAUGUGUCGUGACAGAUCGCUGUAGCGCCUCAGCUCAAGCGGCUCGUGAACCGAUCAUUUCUUCCUACUAGUUAAUUUAUAUCAUCAAAUAAACAUGAAUGAACAUGAGAAAGAAUGUUGUUUCAAACGCGGAAAGACGUCAGUACACACCAUUUUUCAAGUUCAAGUCCACCGAGGUUAAUCUUCUAACUCCUGACUGCUUUGUCGGACAAAAUGGCGGAUUCGGCGUUAUGAUUGGUUAGAUCGGCGAAGGGUCAAUUGAUGCCAUUUUUUUUUUUUUCAUUUUUGGGUGAACUAACCCUUUAAGCAAUCCAAUUUGUAAGUUCCUCAGAGAACUGACUAUUUUGAAGCGGUACUCAAGCUUUUUUUUUUUUUUUUUUUUUUUUAAACAAUAGCAUAGCCUAUCACUCGAAUUUAAAACAGAAAACAAUUUAGAGCAGCUGCUACAUGAUAUACUGUACAUAAAACAAAUUAGGUGAGUGGGUGGAUAGCUAGAUUUGAUUCUUUGUAGAAUAAAUUAGAAAGGGGGAAAAAAAACAUGAUCUUAAAAUAAAAAAAGUGAUGGCAUCUUCGCCUAACAUAACGGGUGGCUGCAUAUUGCGGUUGAUAUCACGCAGGAGUGGCAUCAUCCCAGUGUAGAAAGGUCUACCCCGAUCUUCACUCUCUCACUCCCCCUCCCAUCCUCUUUCUGUAUCUCUCACUGAUCCCACAGUGUAGUAAAGCGGAUAGGCAGCUAAACAAACAGCGGAAUCUUUUCAGAGAAGACACCGACAGAGCUCAGAGCUCAUCGUUUCCCAGCCCCUGUUCCCUGCGACAAGUGGAUUUCAACCAAGGCUUAAACACUGCAGCAUCAGGACCGCUUAUACUUGACGUCUGCAGCCACAGACCUGGUACAGCGAUCACAAGAGGAAGACGUUGCCACAUUCUCAUCUUAUAGAACCUAACCUGUGUAGCGUCAAAGGAGAGAAAGCAGAUUCAUCAGAGAAGACUCCAGCAGCUGUCCUUCAAGUCAAGAUCAAUUUUGAAAAUGUAUCAGGCACUAACUCAGCUAAACCGGAUAUGAGCAAAUAUGGGGACUCUGUUAGAAACCAUGGCAAGCCAACAGCUUUGACAGCCCAAAAGGAGAUCCUUUUUUUGCAUAUGUGAAAGAUAUUUUUUGUACUGUCAAUACCAAACUCCUAGAAGAAUCCAACAUUGUUUCCCUUUAUUUUAAAACACCCCCUUACACUCCAAUCAUGAAGAGUUUGUUGUCUGCCCUCACUCCUUCCUGUACCACCCUCCUCUUACUUCCCUUUUUCCUUCUCUUAUGCCCACCAGCAUUGGUCAGAGGUGACUGCUGGCUGAUCGAGGGGGAUAAAGGCUAUGUGUGGUUGGCCAUCUGCAGCCAGAACCAGCCACCGUACGAGACAAUCCCACAGCACAUCAACAACACAGUACAUGACUUGCGGCUUAAUGAGAACAAGAUCAAAGCUAUUUUUUUCACUUCCUUGAGUCGCUUUACAAACCUGACCGACCUCAACCUCACCAAGAAUGAGAUCUCGUACAUCGAAGAUGGUGCUUUUGCAAGCCAAGCAAAUUUACAGGUCCUGCAACUUGGAUAUAACAAGUUAACCAACCUGACAGAAGGCAUGUUGCGAGGUCUGGGACGUAUGCAGUGUCUUUUCUUGCAGCACAAUCUCAUAGAAGUCAUUGCCACUAAUGCAUUCUGGGAGUGCCCCAGCCUCAGCAACCUGGAUCUGUCAUCGAACAAGCUUGCCCGGCUGGACCCAUCGACUUUCACUGUGUUGGGCAGGCUCAUGGGAUGUGAGCUUGCAGGAAACCCUUUCCACUGCGGAUGUGAGCUCUACAGUUUCCUUACUUGGUUAGAGGUCUUCAACAAUGUCACACACACCUAUGAUAGACUUCAGUGCGAGACCCCACGGGAGUUGUUUGGCUAUCCAUUGCUAAGUCCUGUUGCCGGGCAUGGACGGAGUGCUCGCAACAUCCUUUCCUCUGUGUGCCGGGAUGGGGUGCUGAUUCCUGGGAUGACAUCUCUUCCACCUGAUUCUGAUUCUUCAGGCAUGGGACCUGACAUGUUUGACCACAUUGGACCAUACCAUCAGCCCACAACUUCCUCCUCAUCUGACAAUGCAUUUAGUCCCAGCAUCAAACUGCAACAUGUGUCUCUUUCCUCUGCAUCCCUUCUGAUCCAGAUUCCAAAGCCAUACAGCAAAAUGUACAUCCUGGUACAGUACAAUCAGAGCUUUGUGUCAGAUGUAAUGAACUUGAAGAAUAAAAAGGAAAUGAUCACUCUUAAUAAGCUCAAACCUAACACCAACUAUACCUUCUGCGUGGCAUCUAUACGCAACUCACAGCGCUACAACCACACUUGUUUAUACUUUGCUACCCGAGCUCCAAAUCCAGAUGACUUGAUGCCUCCACCCUCCACGACCACCCACUACAUCAUGACCAUUGUUGGCUGCCUCUUCGGAAUGCUCAUUGUUCUUGGGUUUGUCUAUUACUGCUUACGAAGACGUCGCAGACAAGAAGAGAAAGAAAAAUCCAUCUGUGUGAAGAAAACCAUUCUGGAAAUGCGAUAUGGUCCAGAGGUGGCAGCAGCAGUUGCAAAUGACCCCGCAGCUGUCCAGAAACUCCACGAGCAGAGCCACCAUCAGCAUCACCAUGGAAAACUACCCAUGUCCUCCUCGUCCAGCUCUGCCAUGCUUGGCCAUGGUUCUGCAAACACUAGUUCCUCACGUCUGUCCUCCAUCCCUCAAGUAGAGAAGAUGGCAACUGCUUUCUCUGAGGCCAUGGCCACUAAGGGCAACUAUAUGGAUAUUAGGACCUCUGUGGGAGGAGAUGAAAGGGGGAGAGAUGGAGCUGUGAUGCAUGGUGUUAGGGAGGAAGACCUCAGGGGGGAUGAUGGGAGUGACCUGGGUGAUGAUUCAGAUGAUGAUGGCCGGGGAUCAGCAUCCGAGAUUUCAACCAUUGCAAUGGAAGUUGACAAGGUCAACCAGAUAAUUAACAACUGCAUUGAUGCCCUCAAGCUGGACUCUGUUGCCUCUACUGUUUCCACCACAGCAAGUGGUCCCACCUCACCCCCACCUACCUCUACCUCCUCCCUAACCAGAGGACUGAUUCCCAUCUCUACUAGUGUCAGUGAUACAUGCCAAGUCCUACCUUCUCCGAAAAUCCCUCUUCCACCCCCUCUUCCCUUCUCUGCUCCUCUGUCUGAGAGACCUGGGAUCACAGGGGGUGGCUUUGUGUCACCACCAUAUCGUCCACCACCCCCAGCUUCUGCAGUGAGGCCUAUUCAAAGACAGAUGAGUGCAGAUGCAGCUGUCAUCGUCUCUUCUUCCAAGAGGCACUGCCGCCCUUCCAGUGGGAAAGGAGGUCGUGUUUACAGCCUAGAUGUUCCGGAACCCCACAGCCCAGAUCCCUGCCAGUAUCCAGACAAGGGCAGCCCAUUGGGGUGUGGUGAGCCCCUGGAGAGGCUUCCUUUAGUAGGUAGUGGUGGAGGUGGUGGCUGUAGCAUCGACGGUGGUACUGUAGACGGGAUGGGCCUGCAGCAACACCUGGAGGUGCACCCAGACUACCACUGUGCAGAGCAUCGUCACUCAGUCCCUGCCCUUUACUAUGAGGGCUCUCAUGACUCCCCGGCCCAAAGGGUCUCGUUUCUCAAGCCCCUGUCACGCACCAAGAGAGACGCUGCUUCCUACUCUCAGCUCUCUCCGCGUCACCACAAUUACUCUGGCUACUCCUCGAGUCCAGAGUACUCCUCCGAGAGCACCUUGCGCAUCUGGGAGCGCUUCCGUCCCCACAGAAAGGGUCCACGUGAGGAGUCAUGUUACGUAACAGCCGGAAACGCCUUGCGCAAAAAGGUCCAGUUUGCCAAGGGGGAGGACUUGCAUGACAUCCUUGACUACUGGAAGGGUGUGUCGGCACAACAAAAGCUGUAAUCUAUGGGACUGCGUGGAUACACAGCGCAGGUCUUCUUUACUGCCUGAUAAACCAGAAGAGCGACUUUAAGCGAGGAAGUCAGGUUAUGGCUGCAGUUUGCAAAACAGAGCCAAGUUUGUCAGGGUUUGAGGACAAGUUGUUUUAAUCUGUUUUUGUACAGUGAGUCAGAAAGAGUAAAAAGAGCCCGAGAAUACAUUACAUACAUAAGAUAACUUUCAGAGAUAUCAUUUGGAGCAUUGACAAUUGUCGUUCUCAGUGAAAAAGGUCCAGUGGGCUUAUCAUUUGUCAAUAAUUGAAAUAAUUGUGUUUUACUCAGUAUUCAUCUGUGUAUUCAUCGUUCAUAUCAAUAGUGAGACCUUUGUAACCUGAGCCCUUAUUCAGCCUGAGAGAGAAUCUCUGUUUAUACUCCCACUCAAAUCAUUGGCCAUCGCAUUCAUUUGUUAGGCGGGAAUGUAUAUGAGUGUGUGUUUUAGGAGGAUAAAAUGAUGUGCUGAUUUUCUACAAACCUGUCAAAAGCAGUUUCCUCCUUCCAUAUUGCAGUGACUGUGCACAGUGCAACCAAAUUUACAUUUCAAUAGCACUCCUCAUGUGAAAAAUAAAGGAAUAGAGGAAAGGAAAAGAUAAAAAUGAAACAGAAGAAUCUCCCAGGGGAGCUUUGGAAUAGUCAGCCGUGUUUGGCAGCUGCUUGCUGUGCUGAGCAGCAUGGCAUAAAUAGUGCAAGCGGUGCUAGAGAAAAUACUGUAGAUUUACCAGGGUCUGUGGAAAAUGCAUAGAUCUGUGUUGGAGAUUAAAUAGACAUAGCUCUGUACAUCUCUCAUCUCUGAUGCAUUAUUAAUAGCAUUUCCUUAUCAGAGGUUACCUUGUCACCUGUAUCACAGCAUGAGCACAAAGUGGCUGUUGGCAGUAGAGGUUUAUGUAUUCUGUUCUUCUGCCCUGAGGUCAAUUUGUUAAGUCCAUUAAUUGGCUUUUUGAAGCCUGUUGCUGACAGCUGAGACAUUCAACAGGCAAAGUGACCUAGACCCUGUUAUGGCACUUUUAACCUGACGCUUUAUAUGACAUGUUUCUCCAGGCUCUUUUUUGUUUAUCUAUUCAUUUAUUUAUUGGGGGGAAUUAUUAUCCAUGAUGCUAACAUUGAAAGGAAGACAGAAAAAAAGAGCAAGAUUGAAUUAAAUUAAAAAUAAUUGAAAUAUUUUAAAUUAAUAGAUAUUUUACGUUCUUGUUGUCAUUUAUUGACCUUGGGUUUCAACAUUGAUAAUAAAACUUAAUCUCAAAUAGAUUUCAAAGGAUAAUACAUUAUUAAUGGUAUGAUUUAUUAAAAAAAAUAAUAUUAACUUCACCUCUGUAAGUGAUUAUUUUAUUAUGUCCAUUUGGAUUACACUAACUAAUUAGCAAUUAACCAAGGCUACAUCCUUUAGUGUGCUAGGGUAAGCAGCCAAGACCUCCAAUUUGAUUAAAAGAGAUCACUCUCUCUCUCUCUUGUCACAGCAACCACAGUCAGCCUACAGUUUCAUGGACCAAUAAACCAAAAAAUUUGAUUAGUGGCACUGUGGGAAAAUAUACAAGCGUUUACUGUAAGUAUGAAAUGACAGGUGAGACAUCCAACAAGCACUUGAAAUAAAAUGAAUGGUGUUUAAUCAAUGAAGUAUAACUAUAACCGCCCAACGCAUGGCUUAAAGGGUUAGUUCACCCAUACAUUAAAAUUCUGUCAUCAUUUACUCACCCUUGUGGCAUUGCAAAGUUAUAUGACUUUCUUUCUUCUGCAAAACAUAUGAUGUGACAUUUUGAAGUCUGUUUUCCAUCCUCUUUUUCAUACAUAUAGAAUGAACAAGGACUGAAGCUUUCAAAGUUCAAAAAUCUGUUUCUCAAAGCUAUUGUAUGUCUUCAGAAUAUUUGGAAUAUAGCAUAUGAAUAAUAUAAACCACUUUAAAGAUACUUUUAUGCUUUAGCAUCCUUUUUUGGAGCUUACAAUCUGCAAUCCCCAUUCAUUAUAAUGGAAAAGAGCAAAGGAAACCACAAUUCAGCAAGAAAGAAUGUCAUAUGGGUUUGUAACAACAUGAGGGUUAGAACAUUUUUCAAAAGGUAAACCAUUCUUCUAACUCUGACCUGAGAUCUGAGCGCUUUGUCACGGGAACUUGACACCACUAUUGGUGAUAUCUAGUUUGAAAAUCAUGAGAUAAAUUAGAUUUAAACAAAAUGCAAACAGCUCAUAUGAGGGUGAGGGUUAGCAUUAGCCAGCAAACCUCUUCAUUCUCUUUAUUCUGCAUCAGGUGUUUUUGUGCCUUCAGUAAAAGAGUCCAUUAUUUGUUAGUAUCACAAAAGAGUAGUUUUUGUUUGGUUGGUUCAUAUUCUGUAAAUCAUACCAUACCACUUAUUUAAUAAGGGUUUUCAUUGUAAAUACAUGUUCAUAUACCAUCUUUCUUAUCAUAUCUCUUGAUUAAGGUUUUUCAUUGUAAAUAUGUGAUUGAUACCUGCCAACAUUGGACAUACACUCAGGCACAAUGUCUCUUUGGUUCUCUUUUUCGAGGGCUUAAAAAACAAAAUCCAAGGUCCAGUCCAAGGUAUAUGACAAAAGGUUGUUUAUCGGACGCUUAAUGGUUUACACAGAGGAACAGCAGCAGCUAUAACAUAUGUGGAUUAUUAGGGCUCUGUGUGUAAUUAAAGACAUCGUACACAGAUCAUUUAGAGAGAAUGGACCCUAACUGGACAAAUCGUUCUUGGGCUACUGAAAUGGACCCACAAAGGACUGCUACCGGAGGCUUACUGUGACAUUUUCCUUACAUGAACUUGAUUUUAAAACCACUUGGACUGAUCUUAAGGAGCUAACCAUGAACACUCAAUCAAAAAUGACUGUUCAUUUUUUAUAACAGUGAAAUCUGAUGCUCAGCUUUAUGUUUUUAAAUAUGUUUUUUAUUGUGCCUCCCCUCAUUGACUAAGAAAAAAAAGAAAGAAAACAAAAAAAGACUUGCACAAUGUACAAAUGCUUGUCAGCCAUUUUUGCUAUGAAUUCAAGGUUGAAAAACAAAAGAGAGAGUAAUAAUACAAUUGGCAUGGCAUCUGUAAGAUUUGUUUGUAUUAAUUGUUUAAGAAAAUGUGUACAUACUGUUUUUUCUUUGCUGGGGGAGUAAGACUGUGGUUCUUCAUGCUGUUAUCUUACUCAAGGUCAUUCUCGUUCAACACUCUCUCAAUGUUUUCCCAUUCACUGACAAACAAGUUAAGGUCUCCCUCCACCAAAUAACAUUUUAUAUCAUACCUUUAUUCAAACACUAUUUUUAUGUACAUCCUUUCUUUCUUUGAUUUACUUGGCCUUUAAAUCUUUGCUUGACAUAUCACGGAUAAUUACCCGUUUCAGCCAAAUUUGUGUUUGUUUGCUAUCCUACUACAGAGCUAACAGGCUAAGAUAGUCAUUUUACAGCAAAGUCACUUUCUUUUACAUCAGAUUAAUCGCAGUGGAUGGUUGGGGUCAGAGGAAUCCUAAUGUUUUUAAGGGAUUGAAUAAUGCACGUGUCUGUCUCUUCUUAUGAAUCCGGUUCUAAAGUGUCAUUAUUACUGCUCUAUGCUAGUCUUAUUGUCAUCAUCUUGAUUUGGUUAUCAAUUCAUCAUUUUUUUUUUUUUUUUUUGCCCAGAGUGUCAUGUUGACUGUAGAGACCAGCUCUUUUUGUUGUCUUCAUGAAUGAAAUCUGUAUAGUGGGCUGUAUGCCGUUGUUUGUAUUUCACUCACCGUAACCAUUCAGUAUCACAAGACAGGAUAUACAGGUAUGAUGCUGUUGCAUAAUUUAUGACGUUUGGUGUCAUAUUGUCAUAUUUAAAUUGCCUUUUUUUACAUUGAAGGCCCUCUCACUAUAGUUGUGAUAAGGAAGUUGGAUGUAAUAAGGGUAGAAAAUACUUUGACAUUAGGCAUUGUCAGCUUUCAGCAAUAUUACACAGAGCGUAAAGUGGAUUACUCUUCCACAGCAGUUUUUACUUUUUCUAAGCUCUUUAGCCUCCUUUUAGUGGUAGACACUGUGCAAGGAGAUUGGCUUGAAGUGAGCAAAAGAGAUAUGGAUUAAUGCUUUGAAACAAGAUUUUCAUUCCAGCCUCCUUUCUUUUUUUACAGCCUUGUAAUGGCAAGAAGGUGAAACUUUUGGAGGUAAUUAACUUUAUAAGGUUACUUUGAAUCCAAAGGCUUUACUUGUUUGUAUUGCAGUUUGUAAUGAACAUAUUUAGAAGCAAUUCAUUUCACAAGAACAGAAUCCAUAUUUAAUUGACUUAAUAAUUACUCAGGACCAAAUAUUGUUCGACAGGCUUAUUAAUGCCCCUUAUGCCACUAAAUCUAGUGCAAACGACUACAAAACGUAUUCUGUGUCUUUGAAGGUCCUCCUCGUUGACUUUGCCUGUCUUUGUUCAUGCUCAAAAGAAGCCUAGAGAAAAUCACUCUGAGGGUCUCUGGAGUCAGGAUAAUUGUGCCUCUUUUAUGAAGCUUUUAAGUCGUUUUCUCCCUCUUUGCGCAGAAGAGCACAACACUGCCAUGUUGCCAUGUUUUCUCUCUGAUAUUUUCCGCUUGUUUGUUCUUUUCUCUCAUAUGUCCUCUGAAUUCCGUUGGUUUGACUGUGAUGAGGAAAACAUGGAAGGAUCGCGAGAAACAGACUGUAGGAUGGAUACAUGUGACUGUUUAGAACUAGAAGAGACAAUUAAAGGGCCAGUUGCUCUGCUUCUCCAACACGCAACCCAGGGGCUUUGAUAACCUAAUUAAAGACAUACAUUUUAUUCGACUGUGAUGGAGAGACAUAAGUAUGCAUUGAUUCGAAGAAGUUCCUAAGACAGAAGUUCAGGAGAGAGGGGUUAACUCUGAAUGAUCUCUGAGAAUGUCGUUAUGAUGAUGAUGAAAAACACAUUUAACACUCAGGAUCAGGAGGAGACAGUAAAUCAGGACUGGAGAUGAUGCUGCAAGUGUGUAGGAGUACUUUGAGAGGAGAGAGAGGAACAGAGAGUACGCAAGCUGCAUCAACCUGAUAGUGGCUGGAGCUUUGAAUGAAUAAACGACACACACAAUCUGUAAUGUUGUGAAGGAAGAAAGGCUAAUGCAUGCACGAUCAAACAACCUUAGAUGAUUAAAGAGCCUGAAUUGCUUUUGAGAUCAUGACCAAAUCAGAUUCAUAUGUUUGUGUGUGGUUCACUGGUUCAGUACAUAGGGAUAGUUCAACCCAAAAAUUAAAUUAUGUUUUGCUUUGUUUUUUGUUUUGUUUGUUUUAUUUCGUUUUGUUUUGGAAAAGCUGUGUGGAGAUUCUUUAAAAAAUAUAACUUUUUUGUCGUUCCACAGAAGAAAAUUACAUUUAAUAAGCAUUUUGAAAUGUAAAUAAUGACAGAAUUGUCACGUUUUGGAUGGACUAUCCAUUAACAGCUUCACACUGUCGCUCAGAAAUCGUGGGAAACAUUUAGUGGACAAGUGGGAAUAUCAAAGGAGCUAACUAGGAUUUUCCCAGCUAUUCACACUAGGGGAUCACACCAGUUAAUCCUGGGUACUGUUUCACCCCCCUCCAUCACUCAAUUCUCAAUUAACUUCAGACUCCAUCAGCCUGAUGUCCCUGUAAUCUUCCACUCAUUCCCUGUGCAGUCUCCAUCUAUCCGUCUACAGGCCAACAUAUCAAGAUAUCACUGGAGCAUCACUCCCAUAUAUUUAGACUGCAGAAUGGGGAGGAACAGAGGAAGUUUAAUGAAACCAUAUUUUAAAAGCUGCACUAAGACUUUGUUUGUUUUGCCAGCUGAUGUAACAGUAGUGUUGGACUUAAUAUGAUUAUUAUCUUGCAGCUCUAAGUGUCCAACAAUUUGGGCUUACAGAGAAAACGAGAAUGGUAUUUGACUAGUCAUGUGAGGGGGGACCUUCAUUACUCGUGGGAGUUCGGGUCUACUGUCAUUCAUUUGAUGAUUUUUACAGUCAAUUUUAACACUCCAAUAAUGUGUUUUGCUGAACCUGAGGGUAAAAUGUACAAAAGGGUGACAAGAGCCUUUGGUGUUUCAUUUUGUUUUGUUUUAAUCCUCCAGUAUAAUAAUCCCCUCACAUGAUGUUGGCAUGCGAUUGGUGGGUCUGUCUGUGUGCUCUUGAGAGCAUCUUUGAGCCUUCACCUGUCCCAAAAUGUGGCUCAGGAACCUUUAUUACAAUUAUUAGCUUGCAUUUUAAUUUCUUGUCAAUUGCUUUAUUAGCCCUCCUUUCAUAAAUAUGAUUUCCUGUUCCAAAAACAGGAGGGUAAAUAGUAGAAAAAUAGCUAUAUUUGUGAAUUUCCAAUUUUGUAAAAAGAUCAAAGAGGUUUUUUUUUUUUUUUUUUUGGUCACUGAAGUUCUAGUUGUAAUUGUUGUUGUUAAUAAGUUACGGGAUGGGAGGUUUUGGGUGAUCUUAGGGUAACAUAUUGUAUAGCUUUUUAAUGCAAUGAUCCCUGUUAUCCAUAUCUGAUUCAAUCGGAGACCAUAGAAAGUGGCAGAAAAAGAAACAAAGUGUUAUGUUUGCAUGAUUUUCUGUAUUUUUCAAAAGAGAUGACUUAUAUUGUGUAUAUUGAGUGGAUAUAUGUUGCAAACAAAGCAAAAAUUAGGUAUUGAAAUAUUGUCAGAACUUGCCAUCAUUUUGAGGGAUGAUACUGAGGUUUAUUAUUUCCUCAAGGAUGCUCAACUACUUCCAUUGCUGUCGAUGGAAUUCUUAUUACAGUUUUAAACCAAGAAAAAAAAACUGCCUGAAUCAAUGCCAUGGGAAAGCUUCGUAUUCUGCUUUACAGUUGCCAAAAAAAAAAAAAAAAUGGAUAUAUUGGUCAGUCUUGUUUAGUGCCAAAAUAAGACCUUUAUUGCUUAUUGUUAUUUCUCUGCAAUGAAAAAGAAAAGUGAGAUCCUAGCUGGGUCAAUUCAUCCUCUGCAGAACUCAAUGCCGCCCAGCAGACUCCAGAUCAAUAAAUGAGAGAAUACGGCAUAUCCACUACAUUAACCUUGCAGGUGUCCCGCAGUAGCCCCUCGUCUCUGCUUGAGAAAAACAUUCUCCCAUGCACGGCUGCUCAUUGGAUCAAUGAUAAAGCAAACAUCAGCGAAUGAAUGUUUCAACGUUUCUGAGAAGCCAGUGGGAGGAAUAGUCUAUGGGCAGUGAAAGAGAGGUACUUAGAGAGGGGAUGGUCCGUUUGGGAGGCUGUAGUCUCUGGAGGCUGUGGAGGAUGUCAUUCUCUAUUUAAACCGACUAAAUGAAGAGGUCUGCAUUGAUUAUUUAAGGCUGGCCACAACGGCCAAACCACAACACCAAGCUCAUCAUGUCUGAACUCUUGCCAAUGGCUCUUCAGGUCAGAGCACUAUACAUACACAAUAUACGGUCACACAGCGUUUUAUUGCUUGAGUGUAAGAUUCUGAUCUGAACCAAAAGGCAAAAAUGUGAGGGAAAAAAGAAAAACAUUUUUUUUUUUUUUUUUUUUUUGCAAGUGGAAACCAAAGCUUUUCCAUGGCAACUCACAUAAAGCUCUGAACUGUGAGCUGUAUAAUAGUUUGAUAUUGGACAUCAUCAGGAUCAGGAUUUGACAGAAUUGUAAAUGAAUUUCAGCAAUUUUAAAGAGCCUCAUCAACAAUGUUUUCUUCAGGCUGUAUAUUUCUUUGCCUCUCUUUCUAUCUACAGAAUGGAUCUCAAAAAGGACACAAUUUCUUUGAUGUGAUAUAAAAAGAGCCUCUGAAAUGGGUUACUUACAUUUAUUUUACUGGUAAUUAUAUCCUACAUCUCCACCACAAAUUCUGUACAAAAGAUCUAUUUCUAUAUUUGCAAUAAAUUUGUAGUAAAAAAAAAAAAAAAAAUCUGCGGAUGCAGUCACUUAUUAACACAAAAGACGACCAAACAUCCUUGAAAUGCAUUGGAAUUCUGCAAGUCUCGUCUCUUGUCAUUUUUGUUUGGCCAGAACCAUGAGUGUUGUCAAAGAAAGCUGCUAUGUGACUCUUUUGCUUUUGUUUAAAAUUUUUACUUGAAUCGCAUUGCAGCGUAUUCUGGCCAAAAGCUGCCCACUUGAACAGGAGAGAUCUGACCAACACAUACAACAUUUCACCGGUUACUUUUUUAUGUGACGUUCUAAGGGCAGCCUAAUCUAAAUUCAGCGAAACUGCAAUAAGCGGUAGCUCGUUCAAAUAAUGGUGGCACGUUCAUUGUGCAGAUGGCACUAAAGAAAUUAUUGGAAAAUAUGUGAACUUUGUGGUUCCUGUUUGGAUAUAUGCCAGGUUAUAAUGCUCUUCUCAAUCAUUUUAGCUUCAUUUGAUGAAUAACUGCUUUCAUGAUCAACACAUACGCCUCGCUCAUAAGCCGCAACUUUGUUUCCCGGAGGAUCGCUGAAAGCCUUUACACCCUGACUUAAACAAAAAUGUGUAAAAAUUAAGGAUAGCUCUUGCCAUUUUCUCUCAGAUGGUUUGUGAUCAAACUUUUAUGAAAUUCCAAAAGCAUAAAUGAUUCUAUGUGACUUGUGCUAACUGAACAUAGACCUGUAAGUACUAGGAUGAACUGUAAAUUAAAAGUGAAAUUUGAGGUGUCCCGCAUGUUCCCUCACCACAGGAACGUCUCUUAUCUCCAUUUUUCUAAGGUAAGCAAUACUAACAGUCUCACUCAAAGGGAAAAAAAACUCCUAAAAUAUAAUAUGUGGCCUAAAAAAGAAGCAGUGAAAAGAGCAGGAGAUCAAAACAAAAAGAAACACUACUAUCCCAUCAUGGCGUUACCUCUGCAGAGACUUGUCUGCGGGCAUUGAGCAGCUGAGCUAAUUGAGAGCACAUGCAUCUUAUUAAUGGAUUUACUUAUUUUUCUUAGCAAUAUAUGGUUUUAUUUAUCUUUCCCCUCGGUCCUCUCAUUGUUUAUUCUUUUAAUUUUGUCUUUUGUUUCCUUCCAGUAUUGCUUUCUUUGUUUUCUUGAGGUCUUUGAUCACAUAAGCCUGCACAAAAGACUCCAUUUUCCCAUAGGUUUAUAGAAGAAAAUGCAUGAGGUUAUUUAAGCCUUUAUGUUAAAGUAAAUUUUACUCUUUCAAAAAAAAAAAAAAUUCUGAACUAGAGAAAGAGAGUAGAUGAUGAACAAAAUGCACCUCAUUUAGCAACCAGAAAGAAGAAGCCAGCAGAAAAAAAGCUGCAAUGCAUCCUUCUCUGUUCUCUGUGCUGAGAAACUGUACCCUUUAUUCCUUCAAACAUACAUUAAGUCAUCAACACACAAAGCCCACUAAAUUAUGAGGCAAUUAAAAAUGUUGUGUGGGAGUGCAUGAUUGAUGAGGGGGUGAUACAGCAGGGUGGAUAUGAAUGUCCUGACCAGGAUAAAUCAUUCAUGCCUGUAGGAGAGACGGAGUUUCAGUCAUGCUGGUAAUGAAGACCUCAAAGCUGCUGAAAGAAAGACAAAGAAAAUGGAAAAGUCUUCAAGAAGAAGUGAAUUUUGAAAUUAUGAAGGGUGCAAAGGGCCCCUCUGGAUUAAAAGACUCAUUUGAAAAUGUAUGCAUUGUAAUGACGUUGUAGAUUUAUGUAGCCAAUGAGAAUUAUACACUUAUAUUGAAAUAUAAAUGAAACUUAUAUUUGACAAUAUUAAAAAUAAACUGAAAAGACCUAUCAUGGUCAAAAAGCCA